UAAAAACAGAGAGAGGAUAGGGUUUUAGAGCACAGCGAUGGCGGCCACCGGCAUUGCGGGAGGCGCGAUUGCAAUGCAGGUAUGUCGCAGAAGCACGGGCUUGAAUUCAAGAUCGGAGGAGAAUCUUUCGUUGGCGGAGCUCAUUUCUCCAAUUCGGAGAGGCAUUUCCAGCAGCAGGGGUAGAAUCCGGGCUGGGAUAGAGCCGUUUGAGGAGCCGAGAGUGAUUGUCAAGGAAUCGCAAGGCUCAAGCACGAUAUUUCGGAAGCAAAGCGAAGCAUCGCCGCCAGCGAGCUUGUUCCAGUCGCGCUAUGGCGAUUCUGAGCCAAGAAAGGGGGCCGACAUCUUGGUAGAGGCUCUGGAAAGGCAGGGCGUGGACAUAGUCUUCGCGUAUCCAGGCGGCGCUUCCAUGGAAAUCCAUCAAGCUCUCACUCGCUCUACGUGCAUCAGGAACGUUCUCUGCCGCCACGAGCAAGGCGAAGUGUUUGCUGCCGAGGGCUAUGCAAAAGCUUCCGGGAAAGUUGGAGUUUGCAUAGCAACGUCGGGGCCUGGAGCGACCAAUCUUGUCACCGGCCUGGCCGACGCUGCGCUUGACAGUGUUCCAAUGGUGGCGAUCACGGGACAAGUGCCGAGAAGGAUGAUCGGCACCGACGCUUUCCAGGAGACUCCGAUCGUGGAAGUCACUCGAUCCAUCACGAAGCACAACUAUUUGGUGAUGAACGUGGAGGACAUACCCCGGGUGAUCGAGGAGGCUUUUUUCUUGGCUUCCUCCGGAAGGCCGGGGCCGGUUCUCGUCGACAUUCCAAAGGACGUCCAGCAGCAGUUUGCGAUACCGAAUUGGUCGCAGCCGAUCAAGCUCAACGCUUACAUGCAGAGGCUGCCUCGGUUCCCGGAGGUGGCGCAGCUCCAGCAGAUCGUGAGACUGAUUGCAAACUCGAAGAGGCCGGUGGUGUACUGUGGUGGAGGUUGCAUGAACUCGAGCGAAGAAGUCCGAGAGUUUGUGAAGCUCACGGGGAUCCCGAUCACGAUGACGCUGAUGGGACUGGGGAUUUUUCCACAGUCGGAUUCGCGGUCGCUGCAUAUGCUGGGAAUGCACGGGACUGUUUAUGCAAACUACGCUGUGGAUGGAGCGGACUUACUUCUGGCUUUCGGGGUGAGGUUUGACGACCGAGUAACAGGCAAGCUGGAAGCAUUCGCUAGCAGGGCCAGCAUUGUUCAUAUUGACAUUGAUCCGGCCGAGAUUGGGAAGAACAAGCAGCCUCACGUCUCGCUGUGUGCCGACGUAAAGCCAGCGCUUCAAAGCUUGAACUUGCUGCUGAGGGAGCAGAAAGUAAAACCCGAUGUUGGAAGCUGGAUAGCGGAGCUUGAGGAGCAGAAACUCAAGUGGCCAUUGAAGUACGUGGAGUUUGGAGACGACUGCAUUGCUCCUCAGCACGCUAUACAAACUCUGUGCGAGAUCACUCAAGGAAAUGCUAUCAUCUCUACGGGGGUUGGCCAGCAUCAAAUGUGGGCGGCGCAAUGGUUCAAGUAUGACAAGCCUCGGAGAUGGCUUACUUCAGGAGGAUUGGGAGCCAUGGGUUUUGGAUUACCUUCUGCGAUUGGAGCUGCAGCGACUUUCCCUGACGUUCCUGUGAUUGACAUCGAUGGAGAUGGAAGUUUUCUCAUGAAUGUCCAGGAGCUAGCGACGAUUCACGUGGAAAAACUCCCCGUGAAAAUCAUGGUGUUAAACAACCAGCACUUGGGAAUGGUUGUACAGUGGGAGGAUAGAUUCUACAAGGCAAACAGGGCUCACACUUAUCUUGGAGAUCCUGACCACGAGGACGAGAUCUUUCCCGACUUCCUGAAGUUCGCCGAGGGAUGCAAGAUUCCCUGUGCUAGAGUAACAAAGCGCUCCAAUCUCAAAGCAGCAAUCCAGAAAAUGCUUGACACUCCCGGGCCAUACCUUUUAGACGUGAUUGUUCCUCAUCAGGAGCACGUCCUGCCGAUGAUUCCUGGCGGUUCUUCGUUCAAAGAUAUCAUCACGGAGGGGGAUGGAAGAAAAACAUACUGAAAGUUAGAAAAGAAAAGAGAGUGGAUUGGAACUCGUGACGUGUGCUUGGCAAGGAGUAGCGUGUUCGACUCCGCGGGAUAGAAGUUAGGCUACAUACUAUAAAUUGGCAUUUGCUUGUCGCA